ACGCACCCUUUAAACUCGGGCCCCAUCUUUUGGUUUGUGUACGAAUCUGAUUGGAUAAGCACUCGCAAGUGGGCGUGCCCCACAACUCCCAGUGUUGUUUUUAUUAUCAGCUGUUUUCGGGAUCUGUACUGCGCUAUCACAAAUCUGCUGCAAUAACUGAUAAUAGCGAAAAGAAAAACUAGCUGUUAUAAACAUUUAUUCGUGCAUUGGAAAAUCCGUUGCGGUGUAAACAAACAGGUUGGGCCGAAGCAGUAUUGCACUAAGACUGUGACAUUUGGAUCUGGGCCCCUCGGGCUGGUAACAUCAGUGACAAGUGUGAGACUAGACUAACCAGUUCACCAGAAAAGCAAGCACAUCAGCAAUUUUCAGUACAAUCACACGUAAUUUAACACAAUGUUUCAACGGCUUACAAAUCUGCUGUUUGGAAGUGGGAUUGAAACAACUCAGGAAGCAACUGUACCAAAGCCGGGGUCUCCAGAGGUGGACGAUGAGGGCUGGCUCCUGGUCAAUGCAUCUGAAGGAGAGACUCUCUCUGAGGCCAGCGAGGGAUCGAUUACGUUAAUAGAAAGCUUGUCAAACACAGAGAAGUGUGCUGCAAAAUUUGUCAAUGAUGCAAGCAUGGAAGAGCCAGAAGUUCCUAGCGCUCGGGGUAGCGGGCGAGUGUCUCAGAGGUUUGCCUCGAAGGCUGGUGCUCUUGUCAAAGUGACCCAGGUGGGCAGAAUACAGCGAGCUCAGGCCAGAGCCAACCGCCACACUCUUGGCCGUUAUUAUAUUCAGCGCCAGAACCAUGUCCGUCAGCGUCUUCCUCAACACUGCUCUCGGAUACACCGUGUGAUUCUGCACCAGCCCCGCCAUCGUAACCUCAAGCACUAAGGUGCAGAAAGAGCGAGUCAACAUAACACUUAGUAGUGCACUUAACAGAAACAUGCAAGCACCAUGGUGGAAAAUUGCUUUGUGAUAUUUUACCUGUUUUAUUAUUUACCAUGUAUGGUAGAAUAAAUCAAAUGGCAGCUAAAAUGUCUCCAAAGUUAUGUUGGCUACUUGAAAAUCUUGGAAGUGUGUUUGCCCACCAGUGCACUGUUAAAUGACUGUCAUGCAGAAAUAAAGGCUUAAAGGAC